UAGACAUCAGACAGGAACCAUGUAACUUAGUUUGAAUUUGGACCAUUUACGGUUAUCCAAGUGAUCCAAAAGGGUUGCUAGACUUAAGUUUUCUUUUCACUGAUGAUACGUAAUUACUCUCAGAGUCGUUUUUUGUUAGGUUUUGGUGGCUGUCAGCUUCUGUCGGGCAGCAAACUGUCGCUUUCGAACUAGCCUAGCUACCUCCCGAUGUUUCGAUUUAUUCGUUCUAAAUGAUUGGUUAGCUUCGAUGUAGCGAUGUUGGGAGGGAUCACAACACCUCAUUAAAGCCGGUCUCUCCGCCUCCUGUAUCAGUUUUUUCCCCCAAACGCUACCUCUUGAGGGAAAAGCCCAGCUGUAUCCACGUAAUCAAACAUGAAGAGGUGACAGUAUUGAUCUGCUGUACACUGGACCCGGACAUAUGGCACGGCUGAGUUUCUCCUGUUGUUUGCCAGGAAGCUGGCGUAUCAGUGUGUCCCUACUGUCGCUGGGGUGUAUUUCACGGCAGAGGGUACCUCUCCUGCUCCUUUUCACCUCCUCUGCCCUGCUCCUCCUGGGCCUCUACCAAAACGAUUUCUUGGGUCCCUCUCACCGAAACAAUCGGGUCAACAAAUACAUCUCUAUAGUGGAAAACAUGGAGGCGACUGACGUGGCAAACCCCGCACUGAACUACGGGAUAGUGGUGGACUGUGGCAGCAGUGGAUCAAGAGUCUUUGUCUAUUACUGGCCUCCCCACAAUGGAAAUCCCCACACUCUGCUGGACAUCCGUCAGAUGAGGGACCAUGACCGCAAUCCAGUGGUCAAAAAGAUCAAACCAGGUAUCUCCACUCUAGCACACACCCCAAAUAAAGCCAGCGAUUACCUCCAGCCUCUCCUGAGUUAUGCUGCCGCCCAUGUUCCCAAGAACAAACAUAAGGAGACUCCACUUUACGUCCUGUGUACAGCAGGGAUGAGACUGCUCCCUGAAAGUCAGCAGGCUGCUAUCCUGGAGGACCUCGUAACAGACAUCCCUCUGGAGUUUGACUUCCUGUUCUCCAGUUCGCACGCAGAGGUGAUUUCUGGGAAACAGGAAGGUGUAUAUGCAUGGAUUGGCAUUAAUUUUGUACUAGGUCGUUUUGACCAUGCUGAGGAAGGGGAAGAGGCAGUCGUAGAAGUGACCACAGGAUCACAAAACCAACAACCAAUCAGUCGACGGCGUACUGUGGGCAUCAUUGACAUGGGCGGAGCCUCGUUGCAGAUAGCAUAUGAAGUGCCGAGCGCUGUCACCUUCAGCUCAUCGGAGGAGGAGGAAGCUGCUAAGAGCAUGUUGGCAGAGUUCAAUCUGGGCUGUGACGUGGAACACACAGAGCAUGUGUACCGCGUUUACGUCACGACCUUUCUGGGUUUUGGUGGCAACAUGGCACGGCAGCGAUACGAGGACAACCUGGUCAACAAAACCUUGGCCAAAAGCAGGGUAACAGGGGAUCAAACAGGAAUGGUGGAGACAACGCCCUACCUGGACCCAUGUUUGCCGCUGGAUCUGUCUGACAGGGUGGAACGGGGGGGCCAGAUGUUGUAUCUCCGAGGUCAGGGAGAUUGGGCCCAGUGCCAGGACGCAGUGCGUCCGUUCCUGGGCCAGCCCAAUGGGACGGUGUCCCUCAAGGGUAAAUACCAGGCCCCCAUCAAUUUUGGAAACAGCGAGUUCUAUGGUUUCUCAGAAUUUUACUACUGCACAGAGGACGUGCUGCGUAUCGGGGGCCAGUAUGACAGCCAAAAAUAUGCUAAAGCUGCUUCGAACUAUUGUGCCACAAAAUGGACAACUCUGAAACAGCGUCUGGACAGCAAGCUGUAUUCUACACAGGCCGACAUCCAUAGAUUAAAAUACCAGUGCUUUAAAUCAGCCUGGAUGUAUGAGGUCCUCCAUUCCGGCUUCAACUUCCCCAAAGAUUACCCUAAUCUGAGGACGGCCCAGCUGGUCUACGAUAAGGAGGUACAAUGGACACUGGGAGCUAUCCUCUUCAAAACUCGCUUCCUGCCCCUCAGGGACCUGCAACAGGAAACACUGCGGCAGUCACAUUCCAGAUGGCUGCGUUUCUCCUUCGUGUAUAACCACUAUCUGUUCUUCGCCUGUAUAUUUGUGGUCGUGCUGGCAAUCAUGUUGUAUAUCUUAAGACUUCGACGUAUCCACCAGCGUGAGCAGAGACAGGCCGAGGUACUGGACCUGCUUUGGGUGGAGGAAGGGGAGGCGCUAAUUGCGUAACUGAAUCGGUUUAUUUGUCAGGUGCCAGAUAUGGGGCGGUGCUUAUGUGAGACAGAAGCCAAUGACAUUCCUUCAUUGGCUGAAGGAAAGAAGGCAUCUCUCACUCAAAGAAACUGACUUGAAACGAUGGUGCGGUCACAUUGACACAUUCAUCCAAUUUUUACGGAGACCAGAAUGACAGAAACCAAAUCAGGGACCAUCCAAACAUUUAAUUUUCAUUAGUGUUUAAACGUUUUAAUGUACAGCUCCCAAAGUAUUGUUUGAAGGACCAAGCCAUUUCCUUUGUGGUGUCCCAUGUUGGACUUUUGUUGUGUCCUUUUUUUAAACUGGAGUGAAAGGGAGGUGCAUUUUUUUUUUUAAUUUAUGAACGAGCGUCUGGUUUGACUCAUGUUGGUUAUGAACUCUUCUUUUUGAUGUUGAUGUCUGUGAAAGUAUGGCUGAAUGAUGUAAAGUCUCCUGUGCGGCAGAUAACGCACAUUAAUUGUAAAUGAAUGAAAAGUCCAGUUGCAUUGGCAUCUGAAACACUUGCGUUAUUCCAGUUUGCACGGGUCCAGAUUUCUUAGCUGUGAGUGUUAUUUGGUACUUGUUAGCACUUUAACUGUGAGAUUUUCAUAUAAGAGGUGUUACAAGCACAAGGAUCAUUUUUUGGUCUGUUACUUACUGAUUUCACGUCAGAUCAGCGUUUAAACGUGUGGAGAGGCGUUUUGCAUUAGUUUUAAUGCUAGACAUGGGGCCAUUAAAUAUUUUAAAAGUGUUUGUCUGCAAUUGUGAUAUAAAUAUUGUAAAUAAUAACUGCAUAUCCCUUUGUUUACUUGUGUUCUAACCCGUUGUUCUAAUGUGAAUUUGAAAUUAGUGAUGCAAAAAUAUGCUCAUUCAAAUACGGUUUGAAAACCACCCAGGGACCAAUCCAGUGAAAGAGAAAGACUCCACAUCUCAGCUGGGAACUGUGUAAUGAGAAUGAAACAGCUUGUGGAAAAAAGUACUGUGUAAAACUCCAGAUCAUCACCAACUGGUUUAAUAAAACCUGUUUUGGCUCA